ACAAAUGAAAUCACUCAUUUUCCCUCCAUCUUACAUCACACACUUCCCCCCAUUUCUGCAACCCCUCAAAACCCUUGAAUCCCACCCAAAUCAUGUCACAAAAUUCAUAGCAAAAACUCACCCAAAAAAAUGGGGAAGAAGAAGGAGAGAGUACCAAACGUAUUAUGGAGACGAUUCAGGGACAAAGCAGCGACACUCUCAAAAACCAUAAUCUCAAUCAUUCCCAAAACUUGCAAUUGCUCCGGAAAGGGUAAAUGCAUUCGUUGCAUCUUCGGCGACGGCGAUGAAGCGGCAAUGUCGUAUCUGAUUAGACCUAAUGAUUCUUCCGACUACCGUAAAUUGAUGAAUUCUUGCUUUGUUGUUGUUCCUGAAAAUGCUCCUCCUCUUUCUCCUCUUCUUAGCUUCACUCGCAAUUGGUCUCAGCUCCAGAUAGUUGAAAGGACCAUUCAAGCAAUUUUUAGCAAGGAGGUUGCGCCAUCUAAUGUCAUAUGCCAAGGGUAUCAAAAGUUUAAAUUGCAGAGCACCAUUGUAAAGGUUCUAACUAGUUGGACAUGGGAACUAGCCUCAAAAAGGGCUGGGGACAGUGUCAUGAUUUAUUUACUUAUGCACACAUUGAUAUUCAUGCCAAUCAAGUGCAAUGCACACCAACAAGUAGCAGGUCCUCUUGUCAAUCGUCUGUUUGCAGGGUUACCCCCAGAUGACGUUGGACCUUCCAUGCAUGCAAGUUACCCACGAAAGAGAAGAAGAGGCAAAGGAGAGAUCUCAAACGCUGAAGAGCCUGCCAGCAAGGUGCCAUGUAGAGUUGGUCAGCAUAAUUCAUUUGACUUAGUUGGUUCUAAAGAUGUUGAUUAUCUUGGCACACAUUGUUCCAAAGAGAGCAAUUUGAUUUCUGAGAAUUCUUCACAUGAAAAAUAUGUUCUUGAAGAACAACCUAUUGAGAAGCUCAAAGUAAAGUCAGGGAAGCGCUUCAGAUUACCAAGUUGGCAACGCCGGAAGAGAUGCAAAAGGUUGAUAUCACAAGACUGCUGCACUCAGGAGCCUUCCGGGAAAGUUUUGAACACCGAGAAUGAUUUACACAAGACUUCAGAUAAAAGUAUCAAUGUUCUAGAUGGUGUUGAUCUCAAAUCUGAUCAACUGAUGCAGGUGUGCCCCUGUUGCUCAGUGUUUCAAUCAUUGUCAAGAGUGCCUAAAGAUGCUGACAUUAAUAGGAAGUUUACAUUCUACAACUUGAAGUCUUCAUCAUCUCUUUUCCUGAAAAAGCAUAUCCUCUAUUUCUUGAAACCUGGUUUUGUUGGUGACAACGAUCUUCUCCUGCAUAUUUUUGGUUUGCCAAACAUGGGUACCAGAAAUUUACCAACAUCAUGCUUCCAUAAACUUGGGCUCUGUUCACAUGGGUCUUCUUGCUUAUACCAUUCUUUGGUAAAGUUGCUUAGAGUAUUUAUCCGCAGAGCUAAAAAAUGUCAGCAUAAAAAGUUAUUGGAGAGGCACUGUUCUAGUCAACCCCGUUUUCAGCUUAAUGGAGAUGGAGAUGUUGGUUCCAGUCUUCAGGCUAGCAAGAUGGAUUCAAAGUUUUCGACCUCUAAACAAGGUGUGGAUCAAAGAACUGACCAGAUGCCCAAGAGGCUUAUUCAUGCCAAAAGUAGGGAUGGCAAGAGAACAACUGAAGUCACUCAGUGUCAAUUUGGUCUCAGCCAGCCAUAUUGCCUGAAAGAUGAAGUAGUAUCAUUUAUUUGGUCUGUUUGUCGGAAUAUAGUCCCAUCUGAUCUUUUAGGAUUACCAUCGAGCCACAGAACCUUGCGGAGAAAUAUCUCUAGAUUUAUUAGGCUGCGUCGAUUUGAGAAAUUUUCUUUAAAGCAAUGUUUGCAUAAACUAGAAGUGUCGAAAUUCCCAGUGCUAUCAAAAUUGGAGUCGGACAAGUGCUGCAGUGCCUUUGCCUUCAAAUCUGAGACUAAGAAAAUCCCGGGGCAGUUGCCAAAUUCACAAAACAUUGGCCAUGGUUACUUAAAACAGAUGCUUCUGGAACGAUGGAUUUUUUGGUUAUUUUCUCAUAUCGUCGUGCCCCUGAUACAGGCCAAUUUUUACGUCACGGACAGUGAGCAAGGUAAGCAGAACUUGUAUUAUUAUCACAAAAAAGCUUGGAAGAAGUUGAGUGGCAGAGUCACCACAUGGCUGAAGGAGCAGAGUUAUCGCUCCUUGGAUAAUGCAUCUGUAGCAGAGAUAUUAAGCAAGAGGUCAUUUGGUUUCUCAAACGUCAGGCUUUGUCCUAAAGAAAAUGGAGCAAGACCAAUAGCGAAUCUGAAAGCAGCAUCCAGAUUUUGCAUUAAAAGACCCUUUUCACAAGUGCAGUUCCGCAAAAAGAACAGGAAAAGAAGGGCACAUAAAAGAUAUGUCCCCUUUUUGAAGUCUGUGAACACUGUUCUGCGGGAUUUGCAUGUCAUAUUCAAAGAUCUGAAGGUGAAGGAACCGGAAAGGUGGGGUUCAACGGUUUUUUCUUAUAAUGACAUCCAUAGAAAAUAUUGCGCAUUUCUGAGGCAUCUGAAGGAAGGACAGCCAACCAUGCCAAUGGUAUACAUUGUAGUUUCAGAUGUACAAAAAGCAUUUGAUACUGUCAAACAGGAUAAGCUUCUUUCGAUACUGAAUGAGAUACAAAUAGCAGAUGAGUAUUCCAUGCAGAGGUCCUGUGAGAUAUUCUACAGGAAAAAGUUCUUGUGGAUUUCUGAAAAUCGUAAGUUGAUGAUUGAAGGUAACAAUAGUCGAUUUACAGAAGACAUACCUCCUGUUCGUCAAAGGACUUGCCAGACAAUCGUCGUCAACCAGGAACGAAGCAUAUCUGUAAGGAGGAAAGAACUCGAGUUUAAUUUGAAGGAGCAUCUGAAGAAAAAUGUGCUCAAAUUAGGCCGAUGUUUUUUUUUACAAACAGUUGGUAUUCCUCAGGGAAGUGUUUUGUCAACUUUGCUUUGUACACUGUACUAUGGACAUAUGGAAAGGAAUAAAAUCUUCCCCUAUCUUUCUCUAUCUGGUCAUGACGUAACAAUUAGACCUGAGAAUGGUUGUGCUGCUCCUGAAGCUACUUCAGAUGUAUCUUUUUUGUCUCCCAAGUAUCUCUUACUUAGGUUUGUUGAUGACUUUUUGUUUGUAUCAACAUCCAAAAAGCAGGCUAGUAGCUUUUUCUCAAGAUUGCAAAGAGGAUUCCGAGAAUACAACUGUUACAUGAAUCAGGAGAAGUUCUGCAUGAAUUUUGAUUAUGGCGGUACACAUAAGCUUGAUUCAAAGAGGCUUUUAGUAGGCAGCGAUGGUGUCUCAUUUAUGCAGUGGAGUGGCUUGCUUAUCAAUAGCUGCACCUUAGAGGUUCAGGCAGACUAUAGUAGGUACCUGAAUGAUCAUCUGAGUUCGACAUUAACUGUGAACUGGCAGCAUAGACCCGGACGUCAACUCAAGACUAAGUUGUGUGCCUAUAUGCGGCCUAAAUGUCAUUCAAUAUUUUUCGAUUCUAGUAUUAACUCGCCGGCUACCAUCAGGCUGAAUGUGUAUCAAGCUUUUAUGGUGUGUGCAAUGAAGUUCCAUUGUUAUGUCCGAGCAUUGUCAUACUGGUGCAAACUUCGUUCAGGUUCCUGCUUGUCUAGUAUUGAGGGAUCAAUAAGAUACAUGUAUAAACUGAUGAAGCGAAGGAUGCAUAAAGUCAAUUUUGCGCCUGAGAGGAAUCGUGUACUUCAAGUAGCAAAAACUGAAGUUAUAUGGAUCGGAUUGACUGCAUAUAUCCGGGUGCUGAGCAAAAAAAAAUCACGACACAAUGAAUUGCUGCAUCUGUUAAGGACCAAGCUGGAGGCAGUUUCAAAUGUUAGGAUAUCCUCUGGACUCAAGUAUGCUGUUGAUGAAUCUCAUUCCUCUUAUUUGUGGAAAAUCAAGUACUAGGGAUAGGAUUUUGUUUUUUUGUUUUUUUUUUUCUUUGAGGGGACUUGUAGUUUCAGGAUGAAAUGUUCAUCCCUUUUUGUUGGGCUUUUUGCAAAGGUUUGCCCCUUUAAAAUCAAGUAGACGUUUUUUUUUCUUUGAUAGAGAAAGAAAAAUCAGAUUAAACCCUUUGAGAGGGUCAACAUAUAA